UAAGUCUGGACGAGAGUGUUGGGAUUUUUUUAUGCAAGUCUUUCGACGGCCCAAAAAUUUACAAACUGGAUUUAAAUGCACUGAAAAUGCCAGGCGUUGUCGACGUUUAUCCUCUACCGCCCCAAAAUUGUUGCCAGCCUGGAGUUGCUCGAUCUUUGCUUUACAGUGGUUCAAGAUUCCAAGGGCAUCAGAAGAGCAAAGGCAAUCGUUACGAUGUGGAAGUCGAGUUGCAACAUGUUGAUGAAGAGAACAGCUAUAUGUGUGGCUACCUGAAGAUCAAGGGCCUGACAGAUGAGUUCCCUGUUCUAGUCACUUUUUUUGAAGGAGAGAUCAUAGGAGAGAAAUACCCAUUCCUUACAAGAAAAUGGGAUGCAGAUGAGGAAGUUGACAAGAAACAUUGGGGUCAGUUUCUGUCAUUUUACCAAUACACCAAGACCUUCAACCAAGACAACUUCAACUAUGAUGCCCUGAAUAACACAGAUUAUGUCUUCAUGAGGUGGAAAGAGCACUUCUUGGUACCUGAUCACAAAGUAAAAGACAUCAGCGGAGCCUCUUUUGCAGGAUUUUACUAUAUUUGUUUUCAAAAGUCAACAGCGUCGAUAGAAGGCUACUACUACCACAGAAAUUCAGAAUGGUACCAGAGUUUGAACCUGACGCAUGUAGCAGACCAUAGUGUACCCAUCUAUUUGUUUCGGUGAGGCAGUAGCAGCCAUAUAAGAGUUUUAUUUAUUCUAAUGCACCAUAGAUUUUGUAAAUACAUUUUGUCUUGAAAUAGGAAACAUGUAUUUUAUAUUUCUAAAUAUCGUGUCCCAUUUUUUCUCAAUUUCAAUAUGCAGCAUCAUUUUGGGAAAUGUUUUAUCGUAGGAAGGGAUUAUUUUAUUUUGUGACUUGAGUAGAUGUAUAUGCUCACUACAUCAUAAGAUCUAUUUAUUUGAAUUUAAGUUAUUAUCAAGCUUAAUGUAAAAAAGUGAAUUGCACAAGCCGAUGUUUACAACGUACUAUUCUAAAGUAAGAAACUUUUUGUGAAAGCGGCAGAGCUCUGUGAAGGUAAUUAGGAAAACAAAAACAAGUAUCGGUACAUGUGCGAUUACUCUUCAAAAUCUGGUGAGAACUCACUUGUUUUUAAAGUGAUUUUGCUUAAACUUCUGAGGUAUGAGAAAAAACAUGCAGUGUAGUAAAUGAAUUGGUGUAGUCAUGGCCGUUUGUUUUCUUCCAUGAAUUUAUAUUGAAUGAAUGUAAAAUACAAAUUCUACGCAUAUGGCGUUACUGAAUUCAUCAUAAAUUCAAAAUGAAUUGUAGAUGGGUCAUUUUAUUUACUAUUUAAUAUCAUUAUUAUUGUUUUUUUAAUGAAUUUACUGAAAGAAGUGCAAUUUUAAUGUUGGAUUUUGUAAUUAUUCAACAAGAGUUCAGCUCUUUUGGUUUGUUGUACAUGUAUGUGUGUUAU